GUAGUCAUGAGUACAGGGACUACACUCAAAUACUUAAGAGCAAAAAUUAUAGUAAAAACAAACAAACAGUGAAAUCGUUAUUGGACAAAAACAUUGAACUAACGAUGGGCUCGAGAAUCCCAAAUUCCACUGUGUGCAGAAUACCAAAGUUCCACCAAUAUUACACUCAUUCAUUUCUCAUUCAUCUGUUGGCAAAUAUACAUCGCAGGGAAUUCCAGAAAGUGCUUAAUAGAAAAUUGGCACAAGAAUAA